GCGUUCGGCUCGCGCAAUCGUUUGGAUUAUUCUGAGUUUUUUUGCUGAUAAAUUACGCAAAUGAAGCACUUUUUUUGGUGAACGGGGUGAGCGCCUACCAACCAGGUUUGCAGCCAUGUCCGAGCAGUCGGACUCCGAGGACGGCGACGGAAGCUUCCUGACCGAGUCGGAAAGCGAGCACGAUUCGACGUGGGGCGAGGACAAGUCCCAGAAGAAUGUGGAUUAUACGGCGACAGCCAAGGAGAUUAUCUGCGAGAAUGUGAACAUUACGACGGAGAAUGCGCUGAAGCUGAACAGCGGAUACCAUAACAUGCUGAAGAUUUUGAAGAACAAGUUGGAGAUAUUGCUGGGACAGUGCCAGGAGCGGCAGAAGGAGAUUGAGAAGCAGAUUGACGAGUAUCGGAACGCGAAGCGGCCGGUGGCGAGGAAGUCGCGCACUUCGGGGUACAUUUGCGGGCAGCCUUUCUUUAAGGACGAGGAUUUGUACCCGGGGCCGCACAAUGACGACUAUUUGACGCGGAAGAACGUGGGGAAGGAGUUUUUCCCGCUGGAUUUGUUCGAGGUGACCGAUACGAACUGGACGGUGAAGGACAAGGUGAACAUCUUGAAGGGGGUUAAAGCGCAGAUUGUGGAGUUUAUCGAGCGGGAGAACCGGCUAAAGAUUCGGAAGGUGGGGAAUGGGUUGGAGGCGGAGCGGUUGCGGCGGGAGAUUGCGUCGCUUGGGCGGAAGGAGAUUGGGGAUUUGUGGGAGAAGGUGCUGCGGUUUCCGGAGGAGUAUCCGGAUCAGCGUUUUGAGAUUGAUUGGUUGAGGAUUUCGAAUGUUAACAUUAGUGAGCGGCACUCGGUAUCUGCUUGUAUUGGGAUUUGGAACAAUUACAUGCUGCCGGGGUUGGUUCGGGAUGCUUGGAAGCCGGAGGAGGAGACGCGGCUGGUGGAGGCGGUUGAGCGGUACCAGCGACAGGAUUGGGCGCAGAUAGCGGUUGAGGUUGGGGGUCGUUCGGCGUACCAGUGCUUUGUGCAUUAUCAGACGACGUUUUCGGACAUGGCCCAGAUUAAGCACGAGCGAUGGAGUGUGGAGGAGGACGCAUUGUUGGUCAGGUUGGUCGACGAGAACCGGGUUGGAUCGAACAUUGUCUGGAACAAAGUUGUGGAGAAAAUGCCGCUGAGGAACAAGAUUCAGUGUUACAACCGGUACAUGUUCACGCUGAUGCGACCGACGAAGAACGCCAAAUUUACGCCGGAAGAGGACUGCGUCAUAACGGCGUACGUGCAGGAACACGGUGAAGAUUUUAAGUACUUCCCGCCGAAUCUGCUGCCCGGGCGAACGAAUCGACAGAUCUGGGCAAGGUACCAUCACACGCUCAAGUACGUGAACAAGCACUCCGGAUGGACAAUCGAAGACGAUUACAGCUUGAUGAACUUCAUCAAGGAGAAUCUUACCGACGAGGGACCGCGUAAAAUCUCGUGGGCCGCCUGCUCGAAAGUUCUCGGCAAUCACAGCCGCUUGAGCUGCCGGACACGGUACUACACGAUCGAAAAGUUCCUGGAGAAGAAUCCGGACGCCACCCUGCUGGACGUUCCCCGCAAGGAGAAGCGCCUGUCGACCGCCGUAACGAACGAAAACUGGAUGCAAACCAUGGUCGAAAUACGCAACACUGAGGACAAGGCAGACGAAGACCAAGAGGAAGAAGACGAACUGCCGUCGACGUCGAGCGCAGCUCGAGAACCGUCGCCACCACCCCCGCAAGAAGCGCCAGCGAAGAAGACUCGCGCCAAGAAGGUCAUCGGCCUGCCAAAGAACAAGCUUUUCUGCGAUACGUUGCGAUGCGCCAUGAAGAAGAAGCUGUACGAAAAGUUUCUGUACUCGUUCCACUUCCGCUUCGGCGAUCAAUAUCCGGACGUCGAAAACAAGCGCGUUUUCUGCAACCAGCAGGUCGUUUGCAUCCUCCUCAACUGUCCAACCCAGUACGAAGCGGUCGCAACGGCCCGCCACAACUUUACCCUGAACGAGCUCAAGUCCCUGCGCACCAGCUUCUCCAUCCAACUCAACGCCGCGUUGGCCAACUUCCUGCAAAACUGCACCUCCUGCUUCCUAAUGCCCCCGAAUUACAACACCAUCCUUGGCCUUCGCGGAGUCGUCCUCCACGCCAACUACCCCAAACCACCCCCAAAACCCAGCAAAAAAGAACUCCCCCCGCCAACCGAUCAACUCGACGAAUUCGCCUACCAGCACGCCCUCCAAGCCUUCCGCGCCCGCUUCCGCUCCAUCUUCCUGUGGACAAUGCUGCUGGCCCGGCAAAACCCACGCGACGCCGACUUCCAGAACGUCGGCGUCGUCGCAGACGACCCAGGCGCCCAACAAAGCUACGAACACGACUACCAAGCCCAGCUGGACGAGCAAAUCUCGCUGCAGCAGCUGGUACAGCUGGCCACCACCCGGCCGGAACCACCACCACCAAUCUGCCAGCCGACGGGCGUUGAGUCGCUGCGCAAGGUGCGCAUCUCGCGCGCCACGCCCCGCUCCGUGUACGUCGAGGAGAUGCGCGAUGACGACUCGCUGGACGGGAUCGUGUCGCCCGAGCAUCAUCAACCGAUCGCGGAAGUAUUGCCCUCGGCGUUGCAGUCAACGACGGCGACGACGCAGACGGUCGAGGCGUACUGCCUGGACGAGGAUUCGAACCAGCUCAGUUUGGUGUCGCAAAUUACCGUCAUCAAUCCGGGGGAUUUGCCGAUUGUGGAGUUGCCUCAGCUAGAGGUGGAGCCUCAGGUUGACGUCGCCGACGGUCCGGUGGUUGAGGAAUUGCCGAGCCUGGAAGAGGGCGGGGAUGAGUUGAUGGAGGAGGAGGACACGAGACACGAUCCGGCGGAAGAGACGUUUUCGGCCGACGAGGUGGAGGACGAAUCUGGACAGUUUGGCGGGGAGGAGGUUGGUGAGCAGGAUAGUUCCAACCAGGAUGAUCAGCUGGUUUCUGAUCGUCAAGAGGAGCCUGUUCAGAAUGAACCAAUCGAGCUGACGACGACCACCUUAUGUGACACCUCCCAAGCAGAGUGCACCGUCGCAGCAGAACCACCGUCCGAGCCCCACCAUGAGCCGGAUAUUGGCGCCGAAAACGUCACCAUUUCUUCGACCAGUUUGGCCCACGUGACGGCCGUCACGAACGUGGGCGACUUUGUGAUCGAGGAACUCGAAGAGACCGAAUACUGCGAGGAGGUCGUCACUCAGACGUCCUGCGAUGAACCGUUGGAUCUGCACAUGUCACCGGUGGCAAACUCGGUGGAAGUUGAGGAGGAAUUGGUACCGACUGUGCGCGCUCCGCGCAAGACUUACAGCCGGGCAGCGGGUCGAAGCUCGCAGCGGCUGAGCGAUCGACAGGAGCAGGUGGUGGUGAAGCCGGUGUCGCACGCGUGGCGUUGGACGCAUUUGGAGGGGCAGGAUGAGGUUGAGAUUGAGGGCCAUCGUGAGCUGUGGGAACGGUGCGAUCCGGCGCGGGAUGAGUUUCGAGUGGUGCAGAGCGAUUACGCGACGGAUUUGGCGGAGCAGCAGCGGGACGAGGUGAUCGUGAUUGACGAUGAGAUUGAGAUUAAGGAGGAACCGCUGGACGUGGAGGAAGAUAAUUUGAUUGACGUGCAGUUACCUCCGGAGGAGAAUCAGGUGGACGAGUCGACGAUCCAGCAAAUCAUACAAACUGCCAGCAACAUACUGCGGAUUUCGGAAACGUACAGGUUGGACCAGUCGUGUUUGCUGCCGCCACCACCUCCACCUCCUCUACCGCCUGUUCCGGUGCCGGAACCUUUGCCAACCUGCGAAUCGUUCCGUUCGGUUCAAUCGGGUCCGCUGGUGGUGCAAACGCCGUCGCGGAUCUUCGACGAAGAGUCCAACUGCUACUACUACGUGGACGAGGUCCAGGAGGAAUCGGGCAUGGAAAUCGCCGGUCCAGAAGUGGAGAUAAAUCCAACCGAAAAAUCGACGCCUUUUGCGAGUCAAACGCUGGAAGAUCUGCUGCAAGACUCGCUCCAAGCGACCUACGCUGUGAUGCCUCAGUUUGCCACCCCUCAACGGGUCGUUGAACCGUUCGAAGCGAUUCCAAUCACGAGGACCCCCAACCGGACGCAGAGUACCUACGGAGGAAGAAGAACUCGCGCCAUGGUGGCCAUGGAGGAAAUGUACUCACCGGCGCCUCCGAUCAACCGGCCCAAGCGACCUCCCCGCGAACCGGAGAUCGCAAACCCAGCCGCCAAGCACAACAUGCAAGUUAAAGCCCUCACCCAGCUGGACGCCCUCAGCAAGCAGCCCCGUCUUCCCCCCAGACCAUCGUCCGCCCUCUCGAUGGACCAACUCGUACUCCUUGAACCCACGCCAACUCCCAAAAAGCGACCCCACUCCUCCCAGCAAACCCGACCCCCAAAACCCAAACGAAGCCGCACUCAACACCUCCUCAUCGAACCGGUGCUACCGACAACCCCGACCAUCAAGCAGGAACCGCUGGACCUGCUCGCAAACGCCGAACAGGCCGACUUUAGCGCCGUCGACAUCAUCGACGCCCUAAACAGCAUGAGUCAACGCAUGAAGCAGGAGCGGCUCAGCGACGACGACGACGACGACGGCGUGGAAGACGACAAGAGUUCAAUCCAGCAUCUGGUUCCAACGCCGCCGCCGCCGCCGCCACCUUCAGUCAAAACAACGACGACGACCACCGAGAGUCGAUCGGUGAUGCAGAAGAUGGUGCGGACCAUCAUAGAAACGUCGGCGGGCCGAUCCCGGAUGGACGUGCACUUUAAGGUCGCGGGUGUAACGAUCAAGAAGGUGCAGCAGCGAAAGUGAGUUUGAUCCAUUGUGGCGCAUUUCUAAGUCAUUAGUUUGAACAAGUGAGUAUAGCGAUUAAGGAGACGGACUUUGCUCGAAAUAUACUUUGUUUGAGACAGUUUGA